AUGGUGCGCAUCAUCCCGACUCGACUCAAGCCUUCGUCUCGAUCCUCUUCCUCCUCCUCCACAACCAUCUCUGUCAGCAACAACAACAGCAGCAGCAGAGCAAACAGCCCCCCUACGCGAUCAAAGAUGGACAGCACAAGCCCUUCCAGAGACGCAGGAAACGGUCUGGCUCUCAAGAUCUCCAUCAUCAAGGCUAAAGAUCUCGCGGCCAAGGAUCGCAAUGGCACCUCAGAUCCCUACAUUGUCGUCUCCCUAGGCGAAGCCCGCAUCGUAACCCACGACGUGCCCAAGACGCUCAACCCGGAAUGGAACGUUACCGAAGAGAUUCCCCUCACCUCGAGCCAGAACCUCGUCCUGGACUUUAUCUGCUGGGACAAGGACCGCUUUGGCAAGGAUUACAUGGGCGAGUUUGCUCUUGCCCUCGAAGAGAUCUUCAACAAUGAAAGUGUGGAAUCAGAGCCACGCUGGUAUCCCCUCAAGAGCAAACGACCCGGCAAGAAGACGAGUGUCGUCUCUGGUGAGGUCCAGCUGCAGUUCUCCCUCUUCGACGCGACCAAUCCCGCCGCGACACCACAGCAGAUUCUCGAAAAGUUCAACAUCCUCGUGGGUGCCACCUCUCGCAACAUCACUCCCUCCAUGACCCCCAACCUCGCCCCGACAACCAUUCCCCGAUCUACGCCUGCCGCGCAGGACAGCCCCAGCGACGAUGACGACGAGGACGAGGACGAAGAUGAGGAGGAUGAGGAUGAUGAGGGUGACGACCAAGAUCCUACCAAGCGCAAGCGGAGACUCCGUAUUCGAGGACUCAAGAAGAAGCGGCGCAACAAUCCAUACGCGUUCGCCAGCAAUGGUUCCGACGUUGUGGGAAUCAUCUACCUCGAGGUUGUCAAGAUCACAGAUCUGCCCCCAGAGUCCAACUUGACCCGCACCAGCUUCGACAUGGAUCCUUUCGUUGUGACGUCCCUGGGAAAGAAGACGUACCGCACUCGACGAGUGCGCCACAACCUCAAUCCUGUCUUUAACGAGAAGAUGCUCUUCCACAUCCAGAGCCACGAGCAGCAGUACUCGUUCGCCUUUACCGUCAUUGACCAUGACAAGUACUCGGGCAACGACUUUAUCGCUUCGUGUAAUCUGCCCGUCAAGGAGCUGAUCGAGAAGGCUCCCAAAGCAAACCCAGAGACUGGCCUCUACGAUCUCCGAGUGCCUGACCAGGCUGUGCCGCCCACUUCGCGAUCACGCUUCAAGAAGCUUGCCGUGUCGCGCUCGUCGUCAUCGCAGAGUCUGAGCAAAAUGAUCCGACCCACAAUGAGCAAGAACGCAUCGAGCACUAGUACUACAUCGAUUGACCCGACUUCAACGCCCUCGGUCACUAGUCGCAACUUGCUGACACCGGGCGAAGCCAUUGCCAACACGGGGGUUGACAGCGACUCGAGCCAAGAGAACGGCGAUCCCGGCUUCAACGAUUACACCGUGUCCCUCAAGAUGAAGAAUUUGGACAAGUGGGAGAGCAAGCACAACCCCGUGCUCUAUCUCCGCGCCAAGUACAUGCCAUAUGAUGCACUCCGGCAGCAAUUCUGGAGAGCCAUGCUCCGGCAAUACGACGCAGACGAGAGUGGUCAGAUUAGCAGAAUCGAGCUGACGACGAUGCUCGAGUCUCUGGGCUCCACGCUCAGUGAGACCACCAUCGACAGCUUUUACCAGCGCUUCCCGCACAGGGACGCUGACAAUGACGAAAACUGGGAACUCACAAUGGAUGAGGCGGUCAUCUGCCUGGAGGAUCAGCUAGAGCCCAAGAGGAGAUCAUCGGGCACCGUGGGCGACAAGCUCAAGGGUCUGGUUCCUGAGAUGAAGAAUCUCCUCCACAUAUCAGGCCAUGGCAACAGCGGCGGCUCAGAGAGCUCCAGUGUCCUGGAAUUGGAGCCGCCCUCGGGCACGCAGACGCCCUCAUCGGUCACCAACAUUCCUGCGCUCAGGACCCCUGCGGAUGAGGAUGGUGAUCCUCUGGACAAGUCGGACAGCGACGAUCGUAGUGAAGAGCAUGUCGUUGAGAUCCGAGAAUGCCCCAUCUGCCACCAGCCGCGACUCAACAAGCGCAAGGAUGCCGACAUCAUCACUCACAUUGCGACUUGCGCGAGCCAGGAUUGGAGACAGGUCAACAGCGUCCUGGUCGGCGGCUUCGUGACAGCGAGCCAGGCGCAGCGCAAGUGGUACUCCAAGGUCAUCACCAAGAUCUCGUACGGUGGAUACAAGCUGGGUGCCAACUCGGCCAACAUUCUGGUGCAGGAUCGACUUACGGGUCAGAUCAAUGAGGAGAAGAUGAGCGUCUACGUGAGGCUCGGCAUUCGUCUGCUGUACAAGGGUCUCAAGUCUCGGGAUAUGGAGAACAAGCGAAUCCGGAAACUGCUCAAGAGCCUGAGUAUCAAGCAGGGCAAGAAGUUUGACGACCCCGCCUCAAAGGAGGAGAUUGAAAAGUUCAUCGAGUUCCACGGUCUUGACAUGACCGAGGUUCUCCUGCCCCUAGAUGAGUUCAAGAACUUCAACGAGUUCUUCUACCGUGCCCUCAAGCCCGGAGCUCGCCCAUGCUCUGCGCCUGAUAACCCGAAUAUCAUCGUGUCACCCGCAGACUGCCGUAGCGUUGUCUUCAACAGCAUCACACAGGCGACCAAGAUCUGGGUCAAGGGCCGCGAGUUUAACCUCAAGAGGCUCUUGGGCGAUGCCUAUCCCGAAGACGCAGCCCGGUACGAGGGUGGUGCGUUGGGUAUCUUCCGAUUGGCGCCACAGGACUACCACCGCUUCCACAUUCCUGUAGACGGUGUCAUGGGCAAGCCCAAGACGAUCGAGGGAGAGUACUACACGGUCAACCCCAUGGCUAUCCGCUCAGCACUUGACGUGUACGGCGAGAACGUGAGAAUUCUGGUGCCUAUCGACAGUGAGAGGCACGGAAGAGUCAUGGUGAUCUGUGUCGGUGCCAUGAUGGUGGGCAGCACCGUCAUCACUCGCAACGAGGGUGACCAAGUCCAUCGAGCAGAGGAGCUUGGCUACUUCAAGUUUGGUGGCAGCACAGUUCUUCUGCUGUUUGAGCCUGGUCAGAUGCUGUUCGAUGAUGAUCUUGCAGACAAUUCUAGCGGAGCGCUUGAAACUCUUGUUCGCGUGGGCAUGUCGAUUGGACACUCGCCAGCAGAGUCACAGUGGACUCCUGACAUGCGCAAGGACGAGGAGAACAUUACAGAGGCAGACAAGAGAGAUGCCAAGCGACGAAUCCAGGGCAACGUGGCGUUGCAGGACUCGCCUGAAGGCAGCGGGGACGAUAAGCCGCCUCACCGACCGACGACAGCGCCCACCAUCAACACCAUGGCCGCGUCGGCGAUGUAGAGGCGGCGGCGACAAGGCAGAAGGGAACGAUGUAAGCGGAGGAGCCGGCGGUGGAGACGCCGAAGACGAAAGAUACAUUCAACAUUGGCUAGGGUAUGUAGAAGGCUAUUAUGGGCCGUUUGGGGCAUCAACAGGACGGCCAUUCGGUUGGGCGAGGUUGGGAUAUAUUGAUUGUGAUGAGAAAUGACGAGAACGAGCACGAGAGACCAACAUCAGAGCUGGGAAGAAAGCGAAAGCGGAAACGAAAGGAAACAAAACAACAAAAGGAACAAGCAGCCAUAGCCAUGUCUUUGUAAAUACGUGUCAUUGGGUGAAGCAGGUAGUAUCGAUAUGCGUACAUGCAAGGUUUGAGU